GCGGGAGAGUCCAAAAUAAGACAAAGCAGGUUGCCUGAAGCACAUGUUAAUCAAAAGAGAUCAAAGGAUAUGAUGUCAGUUUAUAGAGAAACAGGUCAGGCAAGCCCAGGUAACUCAGGAAGCAGGAUGCUAAUUAUUCACAAAAAGUCAGGUAUACGGUUACCGUGCUAUAGUUGAAAGUCAGGAGGUCAAAACUUGCGCAGCAACUCAGCCAACGUGAUAGAACAGCUUUGCUCCUUACGGAGGAGUUUAUCCCUGUUAGAAAUGGAGGAGAACGAAUCAAGUUUGCCGAAUGCUUCCCAACAAGUUAAAAAGAUGGCCUAUCACAAAGUGAAUGCGGACCAGAGAACCCAGGGCCAGUACCUUGACAGUGAUGACCUCCAGGCCACAGCGCUAGAACUGGAAUGGGACAUGGAAAAAGAGCUGGAGGAGCCUGGCUUUGACCAUUUCCGACUGGAUGGUGCAGUCCAGCAUCAUCUGGGAAACUCACAGAGCCCUGAUCUCGAUCUUGAGCCCAUCCAGCCAUCAGCAUCUCCUAAGGGAAGAUUCCAGAGACUUCAGGAAGACCCUGAGUACAUCUCGCACUAUUCAAGACAGUCACCAAAGAGCCACCGCUGCAGUUUUUUUCAGAUACUGAAAGUAUUUUGUGCUGCUUUGAUUUUAUUUAUUUUUGGAAUUGUGAUAGGAUAUUAUGCGGGCAAGAAAUGCCCUUCUCCUCCAGCAUCUCCAGAACCAAAUAGCACUCAUAACUACCAUGAAAUCCUCAAGGAAAUCAAAGCUGAAAAUAUUCAGCAAAUAUACAGAGAUUUGUUAAAAUCCCCUAGAGAAGAUGAUGUAGACGCUGCAAUGAAAAUUUUGCUUCAGUGGACUUCUCAUGGCCUUGAAGAUGUCCGGCUGGUAAAUUACUCUGUUUUGCUUGACCUACCAGACUCUUCUUCAAACACGAUAACUCUGAAAAACAGCGGUGAAUGUUUUUAUCCUGAUGGACAGCAGUGCAGCAAAGUGACCAAAACACUUCAUAGCCAAGACCUCCUGUACUCAUAUGCGGCUUACUCUGCCAAAGGAACUCUUGAGGCAGAACUUGUUGAUAUACAAUAUGGGACCAUAGAAGACUUGAUGCGGAUUCAAACCACUACAAACGUGACCAAAAAAAUUGCACUUCUGAAGCUAGGACAAUCACCUUUACUUUAUAAGCUUUCUUUGUUAGAAGACGCAGGGUUUGGUGGUGUUCUUCUUUAUGUCGAUCCUUGUGAUUUACCAAAGACUACAGAUCUUGCUGAUAAAGCUUUUAUGGUUUCCUUGAAUAGUGGAGGAGAUCCAUCGACACCUGGUUAUGCCAGUAUUGAUGGAAACUACAGGCAACAUCGACUGAACCUCACGACACUGUUAGUGCAACCAAUUUCUGCAUCUCUUGCCAAAAAACUCGCUUUCAUACCUGAGAAUAGAGUCCAAAAAGACAAGUGUGUACCUGUGCAAAUGUCGAGUACAGACAAAAAAAUAAUCAGUCUCAGUAUUCAGUCAAUCACAACGUACAAGACAAUUUCUAAUGUUAUUGGAUAUUUGAAAGGAUCUGUAUUUCCUGACAGAUACGUCAUCAUUGGUAGUCAUCACAGCAGUUUGAAUGCUUACGAUGGACAAGAAUGGGCCAGUAGCACUGCUAUCAUAACAGCAUUUAUACAGGCCUUGAUGUUAAAAGUUAAGAGAGGGUGGAGAACUGACCGAACCAUUGUGUUCUGCUCCUGGGGAGGAACAUCAUUUGGGAACAUUGGUUCAUAUGAGUGGGCAGAGGAUCUCAAGAGAGUUCUUCAGAGAAAUGUUGUGGCUUAUGUUAGCCUCCAUAAUCCAGUCAGAGGCAAUUCAACUUUACAUCCUAUUGCAUCCCCUUCUCUUCAGCAACUGGCAACAGAGAGUCAGAGCAUCAACUGUGUGGAAAAGACGGAAUGUCCAGGAUCAAAUGUGAGUUCUGUGCAGACACAGGGAGAUUCCGAUUACUUCAUCAACCAUCUUGGAGUACCUGCAUUGCUGUUUUCUUAUGAGGAUAUCAACACAUCAGAGAAUGCUAGCUUUCUCUCCGAAGCUCUUUUUCCCAUGCACGCGAUGAGAACUGAAGAGCUGGAUCCCUCCUUCAAGCUGCAUGAGAACAUUGCAAAGUUUUCAGGACAUGCCACUUUGCAAAUCGCCAAUGAACCAGUUUUGCCGUUUAAUGCCCUCGACAUCGCUCUGGAAGUUCAGAACAGUCUGAGAGUGUUCCUAGGUGAAGAAGUAGAUGCUUCUCAAUUGCUUGCAGUGGCAUCACGCCUGAGAGACACUGCAGAAUUGUUCCAAUCAGAUGAGAUGCGCCCAGCUAAUGACCCUAGGGAGAGAGCUCCCAUCAGAGUCAGGAUGCUCAACGAUGUGCUGCAAAGCCUGGAGAAAAGCUUCCUGGUUCAGCAAGCUCCUCCAGGACUUUACAGAAAUAUUCUUUACAGGCUAGAUGAAAGGACAAGCCAGUUCUCAGUACUGCUAGAGGCACUGGAGCACUGCAAACUACAUCAGUCAAAUGAGACCAUUCAAGCAGCCUUGUCAGAGGUGCUGAACAGCAUCAGUUCAGCUCAGGUUUACUUCAAAGCAGGACUUGAUGUUUUUGAGACUACCUUAGCUGGAAAGAAAUGAGAGAAUUCUCUGCAUUCCAAGACAUUUGUUUACAACUCACUAAACAAAAGUUCGACUUGGACCAGAAUUUCUCUGAGGAUAAAACCUUUCUCAACUUUUCUUUCAGUUGGCGCUUAAAUGUAAUGCGAUGUGUGUUUUUAUAAACAGAAGACAGUCUUUUGCACUGUUUACAGUAUAUCUCAACUGUCUGUUUCUGAAUGUAUAAAACAAGGGGAGGGAAUAACAGUGAUUUUUGGAAGGACGUCUGCUGUAUUUUUAUAUGUAAAGUAUAUUUUUAUGACUAAAGAGCUCAAUCUUGCAAAGUACCACGCAUAUUCUGUGAUACACUGAAGACCUGGUUCUGAGGCACCCCAGAAGAAUGCCCAGGUGAGCUUUCCUAUUCUGUCAGAGGAAUGACUUAAGUAUACUGUUGUGUUUCUUAACUUCUCCAGCAAACUCAACAACUUCUUUACUCCUCUCAGAGUAAGUAAUUGAAGGAUGUGGCAUUUCCUGGGGUAUGCAGCAUGGAAGUUAAUCUGGAAAUGCUCCACACUUGCUUAUCAGUGUAAUCCAACAUCUUUGCUCCUGUGGAACAAUAAAUACCUCAAUUCUGAGAACACAGAUAAACUUUGAUUAUCCCAUCUCUGAAUGAAACAGAAUUGUUUACUAAUUCUCAGAGAGAGAAUUUAUGUGAUGAUUCCAAAUAAUUUGAAAAGCUUGCAUUAGUAGUUAAAUGUAUGCAGAAAUAUUUUGAAUCUUUAUAUUCAAUAAAAGAGCUGCUUAGUCCAAGGUCUACAGGCCUUGUAAGCUUUUAUGUUGCUCAUCAAGGUCUCCCUAAAUUUUCAGGGAACAGUAAAUGAAAAUAAAUGAACUUCUGGGAACAUUUUAGAUCUUCCACCACUUGGCCAUUCUUGCUAUUCCAUGCUGAAUCAGUACUGCCCAGCAUAUAUAGGACCUGGAUUGUUGUCAGAAAGAAAAAAAAAAAAAUCAUUCUCUGCCACAGAACCAGGAAUUCACCUCUGAAGUCAAGCAGAUGCUGUAAUCUGUUCAAUCUUUUAGCUUGAACUAAUCUGAAUGAAAGGAUGAGGGGGUUCGGUGUCCUAAACCUCUAAGGGGAUGACAUUCCCUUAAGAAUUGCAAGUCUUAAUAAUAUAAACGCUUCAGGUUGUUAAACCCUAUUGGGUUUAGAAUUUUACAAUUUCAAAUGAUUCUGGGAAGAGCUUAAAAAUUUUAAUUUUAUAUAGAUUCUUAGAAUUAAAGUAUAAUUUAUUUGUUGGAAACAUUAAAUGUAUUGUUACCCAAUUUCCCAUGGAAACAUUAGAAGAACAUUUCAAGUAUCUAUGUGAAUGUAAAGAAACGCCUUCAGGAAAAUUUCAAAGUGCACAAUUUGAUGAAAGUAUGAAAGCUUAUGAAAAUAACGCGUUUAUAAUGUAUGUUCACAUAGUGAAAAAUGAGAGUUGUUUACAGAUCUGUGUUUCUGUUUUCCCAAAGAUGUUGGCAAAUGGGCCUCUGUUAGCAGCAUCCUAGGGUAAGGUACAUACACUUGUGUUGUUUCUACAUUUCUUUGCAAGUUACUGAAACGUUGUUAAAAGCAUACCUGUUCUGAGCAGAGGUGGGGCUAUGCAGUUGUACAGCCACAACUGAAAUGAGAAUAUUUUCAGCAACAGUCAGUAUACUUGAACUUAGGUAUUAUCUCCUCAUUUUACUUGGCAUCUGAUAAGCAAGAGUUUAUGAUUAUUCUUUUGCUAAUGCGUUUACUGCAAAGAGCGUUUGACCUCUGAAGAGUAACGUUUAUUAUGAUGUUCCAAGGCUUGUCUAUCCUUUUGUUUAGAAAUUUUAAUUACAGCAAUAUUUGAAUGGUUGGAGUAGCUACAUCUGACUUGCAUGUUUAUUUUGUGGUAGUGUUUGGGGAUGUAUUACAUGCACCAAAAUUGAACUAUGUUUUCUAAUAGAGGCAACUCUUCUAACAGUGUGCUUAGUAACAUUUUCUUUACAGUGGUGACUCGUUGUGGAGUCAUCUGUGGUCUUAAAUGAUAUAGAGUCAGGUGCCAAUAAGAAACCAAAAAUGGAGAUUAUCACUUCCUUUAACUCUGCCAGGUGAAUUUAAUAACUGCUUCCUGUCUAGCCCAACAAGACUUCCUCUAGUGUAUCCUGAAGCAUACUCAUGCAAAAUCAGUGAAAUCUGUUGGGAAGAGUAUCUCUCAUGUAUGAUUUCUCAACCAUGUAAUUCUUCACUAAAACAUUUAUUUUGUUUUCUCACUAAUGUUCUUCUAUAACAACUUUAGAAAUAGCAGACUUCAAUGUGCUCCACCACAUGAGGCACUGCUACUAUAAAUACCUGUCCAUUCUAGAGACAAUCACAUGUUCUUGUUAUAGAGAUGAAUCAGAUGAACUACUCAAGGACUAAAAUGCAUUGAUGUCAAUGCAAUCUCACACUGCUAGAUCUUGAGGCUUUUAUUUCAAAUGUUCAGAUUACAUGCGAGUGCUCAGUGAUAAUAUUUGCAUCAAUAUAAUUUUGAAAAAGGCAUUUUUGAGCCAUAUCCUCCCACUGAUUUUUAAAUCCUACUUUUUUACUUCAAAGCAUUUAUUGCAAGCUAAGAUCCUAAGUAUCUGGAUUAUUUCUAACAGAAUUUUCCUGCUGUGGAAUAUCAGUUAAGAGAAGAUUUUAGUGAAUCAUAGUAGCUUACCCAGACUGGAUUCACUCCUGUAUUGUUUUGAAAUGAAUUGAAUGCCUUUAAAGGCUACAGAAUGUUUGCAAAUUGCCUGAAUGAUAGUGAAAAUCUGUUACUUUUCCAAAAGCAUCAACUGCUGGAGACAGUAUAACAAAUGAAUUGAUUGCUAGGUAAUCUAAAGUCAUACUCUCAGAGACCAGAAAAUCCUUGCAACUUGCAACGUUUGUAUGUUAAGAUAGUUGAUAAUAAAAGUCUAAUAAGAUUUUAUUAGUGCAUAUUUUAGCGAGUACAUAAAGAAACUAAAGUAUAAUCAACUCAGAUGAAUAAUAAGUACAUGGGAGCUGAAUUUUGAGUACUAACCUUAGAAAAGGCAGUGAAUUGCUUUUAUCAUCCAGGAAAAACAAGGCUAUUUUGAUAUACGCUGUCUGUGCAAAUAUGCAAACACACAAAUAUGCAAAUGCAUUGUAUCUUGAAAACAUUGUAGAAAUACUGAUUUACUUGCAGUGAUAUGAUGCAUCUGCAUAAACACCAAUGUAAAUAAUAACUAUGUGCAAAAAUUAGCUUGCACUGCUUCACUUACCUUUUAGAAAGUAUUUCAGUCGGGAAGUAUAAAAGGGUGCUCUUAGCUGACCUCAGUUCCUGAAGCAGUAGAUAGGGAAAGGCUCAAUCUCCCAGAUAUCACAGAAGGGAUCUCUGAUGGUCAUCUAGUCUACAUCUAGUCUCUUGCUCAUGCAGUGUCACCUAGAGCUGCUUUCUCAGGAAGGGAUUAUGUCUAGUGCUCUUGGGAAUAUCUCCAAGUAUGGAGAUUCUAUCACUUUUCUGGACAGUGGGUUCCAGUGCAUGGUCACCCUCAUAAUAAGAAAAUGUUUUUUUCUUCCAUAGUUAUGGUUUCUCCAAAUCUCUCCCAGUAUUUCUUAGUUGUUAAAUUAUUAAUAAGUUAAUUAAACAUACAUUCAAAGAAUAACCGUCAUUUCAGUCAACUCUUGGCAAAGGAAAGUAUAUGAAGAAACUAUAUAAGGAAGGUAUAUAAGGAAAUUUGUACUUCAAGACAAGGAUUAUUUUGAAGUUGUAGAGACUAGUUUUUUUAUUCUCUGACAUCUUCACAGUGCCUGGUUCCCAGUCACAGGGUUUCUGUACACAUUAAGAGACUCGCUGAGAACCAAAGAUGCAUUAGAAAAUGCAGGAAGAAAAUGCAGAGAGCAAAUGGGCAGCUGUACUCUAUGAAUGUGUCUAUGUUAACCAAACUUCAGGAGCUCAGUGCAAUUCUGUAUUUUGUGUUAUGUAGAACGACAGGCAAAGUAAUUGCAUGGGUCAUUCUAGCUUUAAAAGCUAUUAAAUGCAACAAAUGCAGUUAAAUCUGGGUCUGCAUUUUCAAGGGAGCAGUUAAAAUGUUUCUCAAAAGCCUUAUGUGGUAAGCUGUUAUCUGUGUUACCCAGAAAGGGAUACCUGUGACAAAUGUUAUGAACUCUAUCUCAGGAAACGAGUAUAGAGUGGAAGGUGUUCAUUCCCUUUGGCUCUCCAGCAUUUUAUUGAUAUUCUGCCAUUUUGAGAAAGGUGACCGAUAGGAAACAAAUCUCAUAUUAAGAUGUGGGAGACCCAGAUUUUGAGUGCAGUUAGCCUUAUAAAGCAUUGCAAAUGCUCAGAACAUAGGAAAGUGUCUUCUGAUGGAGCUCUGAGUCCAUAAAACUUGGGAUAGAGAUUCUAGUAUGGCAAGUAGAGAUUUCAGAAAUAGAGAAAAAAUAACUAGUAACUGUCUAUUAAAGGUUGUUUUUAUGGUAAAUAUGACUUGCCUAUUAAUACAGAUAUAGGAUUGUAUGUCAAUCAUUUCAGUUUUCCUAUUAUGUCAGAUCCCUGAUUUUUUUGCUGACUUUCCUGUAUCAGUGAGGUAUUUGUCCCUCUGUCCUUUGUCUCACCACAUCUAGACCUGAUUCUGUGUUGGAAUCAGUUCAGCUUCUGUGCCCAUUGUGCAUGUGUUCAGUGGAAAGUUACAAAGAGUGGUAGAAGAUUUGCUCACCUGGUUUAGUAAGUUUUGAUUCUAAUUCCUAAUACAGCUUACUGUACUGAAAGUGCUGGAAAGCCAAAAGUCCUGGUAAAACCCAAAUGGAUAAAUAUAAGGAGAUAUCAUCUGUUAAAUUCAAAGUAGUGUCUAUUGAGUAUGCACAAACUGCAAUUUUUCAGUUGUAACUCUUUGAAUGGAAGUAGGCAAAAAAAAAUAUCUUAGCUUCUGGAUCAUUUCUGCAGGAAAUUUCCUCAGAAGUACCAAUGUAGGCAGAAAGUAAUCUUGAAAGUUUUGAUAUAAAUUUUUUAAAGUUGAAUGAAUAUUAAAAAAUGGUAGAGAAUCUUAACCAGAGGUGGUACUAGCUCCUGGCAAAAUAAAACAGGGUAGUCUGACAGCAUGUGAUUAUUUUCUGGCCAUGUGCACACCACUUUCCUUAAAUAAUGGCUACAUACAAAAGGUGUAUGUUUAAAUAUAUGAGAAAGAAAAGAUGGUUAGAGCAGAAGCAAAACUUGGCUCCUUUAUUUCAGUAUUUUAAAUGAUUAUGGAUGGCAAAGACUCAAGCCAUAUGCACAAAAAUGUACUUGAAUUUGGACACUUUACCCAAGGAAGUGCCUAAAAAUAAUGAAGACUCAUGGAGAAAGCAGAUCAGUAACAAAUUAUUUACAAGUGUCUGAACUGGACUGUAUAUUUUCUAAAACAAUGGUGCCAUCAGACCCAACAUUGUUUUUUCUUAAUUUUAAUCCCAUUAUCCCUUAUCAUGUCUACACACUCAUCAUAAGUGGAGAAUAUGUACACUUGUAGAUUGAGAUUUACUGGAAGUUUGUUUCCAUUCAGUCAUACUGGCAUAGUCUGUUUCUUUCAGCAGGACUGACUUUAACAUGACCACUUACUAGGGUUCGGUUCUUCAUGAGUAAGGUCAGCAAGAUUUGGCUACUAUCUGUGGAAUUUCCCCAAAGUUGUAAUACCAGAAUGUUGUUUUUAGUCUAUUCUGAUUGAAUCUCUCAGUGUUGAUUACUAUAUUAAGGAGAAUCUGGGGAGUCUCUUGGUGGAUUAAAAUAAACCCUCAGGGCAGUAUAUAAAUGUGUACAUGCAAGUGAUGUAUUAUAAUUUAGCAUUAACUGAAUAGUUAUUAUAAAUGUCAGUGUGGAUUAAUGUACACGUUCUCAUAUGAGCUUCACAGAUUGGAAUUAAUACAAGGGCUUACAGUGAGAAAUUUAAUCAGAGUGUGGGUGUGGAACAACUUUUGCUAUGAAAAUGCAGUAUAUAGUUAGUUGUCAGCCUAAUCUGUUUUGUUAAAAAAGAUUAUUUGGUUUUGUUUAAGCUACUUAUCUCUGAUUUAUUUUCCAAGACGCCUUUGAAAAUGAAGUCUUGCUCUUUAUUUUUCUUCUAAAUGCCUGCUGUCUCUAGUGUUUAUGGAAAGCUUCCAUGUCUUAAGACAAUGCAAGGUCUUCCUGUCUGAUCACUCAUGGAUUAUUUGAUACAAUUACAAGUGGUAUUUUAAAGCAUAGAUCUUGAAAGAAAGUCAUUUACUGAGCUGUGAAUUUAUGUGAUACAACAUGCUUGGGUGGCUGCUAUUGCCACGUGGCGGUGGAAGUAGGCAAUAUUAGGCUCUCAGGCACUAAAGAGAACAAAUACGGUUGUAUGAUAAUACUGCAUUGACCUGCUAAUUUUCCCUCAUUUGAAAUUGUUCUAGUUGGAGCACACUGGUGCUGCGGCACUGUAACACUCAGUUCUCUUAGCACCAGCUACAAACUCUUAAUACAGGUGUUGUUCGAGUUAUCAGUGUGCUCCCACAGUUUGUAAUGGGACCCUUGUAUCCCCAAUCAGCUUUUAUAUGUAGUACAGUCCUGGUACUGAUCUGAAUGAUUCUGAAGUAGGAUGGAUAAGUCUGGCCAAGGUCAGGAUGCUGUUCCCCACUGUCCUUAAAAAGUUCAAUAAGGUACUCUGCAAGUACUUCCAGGAUUUUUGGAGUUUUCAGUCUGUGUACAGAAGAUUCUGAAGAAAUGUAGUGGAACACUGUUGUUUUUUUCAUGUAAUCUUAUUUCCUGUUCUCAAUAGCUUGUAAUCAAUGAAUGCACUAGAGAAGUAAGGAGGUACUUAAUAUUUUAUACUUAAAGCAGAUAAGAUGAAUACAAAUUCUCUUUGCUUUCCAUUUGCAGUUUAUGCAAGCCAAUGUGCAGCAUACCCUUAUCACAUAUAUUAUGGUUUGGUAUUCUGAAAUAAAUGGAAAAUAAAUAUAAUUCCAUAUCCAGCAGAUAUAUAAUGAAUAUAUAAUGAAUUCAAGCAACACUUCAUGUGGGAGUGUUUUAACUAUUUGCAUGCAGUGAGAUAUAUGUUAGUGAAGAUAUUUUAAACAGAUAGUCUGGAGGGUUUAGUACAGGUCUACCAAGUAAUAUUCUUCUGCCUAAGGCCAGAUAUUAGCAUUGCAUUCAUACCUAGUUGUGUUUGCUCAUUGCUGUACUUUUGAGGAUUAAUGCUCAAAUGCUCUUAUCAGUGAUCGUGUUAGUCUCAGUAUGAACUGUUAUUUUUAUGUCGCAUAACACCUUACAGAUUUUAACUAAUCAGAUGGAAUAUGGAAGCAUUUCUGCCUUUUGUAUUCAAGGGAGCUGCUGUCAACUUGUGUUAUCUUUGACACAGCAUGUGGGAUGCCUGAAUGAUGACUUCAUUCUAUCUACAUCCAAAUUUUCAUGUAGUAAAAUCACAGUACCACAACUGAUAGCUAGUCAAUUCAGAAUAUUAAGUAACUAGUUUUUUUGAACACACAGUAAUAUAAUCUUGAUGCAGCGAUUUCUGGGAACCAAUAAAUAUCAUACUAUGCGGAAAUGUGCAAUGAAAGGUGAUUUGUAUAAUGCAUUAUAAAAUGUCAAGUCUGAAUAAAACAGUCUAUUUGCAACACUAAGGUACUUAGUAUGAACUGUACAUUUAUAACAUAGCAUAAUGAAAAGGUAACGUUAACUAUUAAUGUAAGUAGAUUGUAUGUACUUUGAUUAAGAAGUACAUUUUACUUGUGCUAUGAAUAUGAUUUUUUUGCAGUUUGUGACAGUGUUUGUACAGAAGGCGCUGUGGGCUGGAAUUCAAUGAUAGACAUUUUUUGAAAGUGGUUGUGAAUUAGACUUUUUUUUUUCCAUAGUUGCAUUUUUGUUAGAAAUUGAACUGGAAUAUGAAGAUUUGUAUAGUGUACAUUGCACUGAAUGAUUUGGAAUUAUAAUCAUUUGCUUUUUUGUUGUUUUUGCUUUUUUUUUUUAAUUCGUUCUGUCAGUGAGCUGUAACAUAUGCCUCUCAAGCUGCUGAUUUGGUAACAUGGAUCCCAGGGCAUUAAAGUAUAAUAGAAACUUGGAAGAAGGAGAAGCAUAAGGAAGAAAAAUAUAGCUAGACAGAACCUCAGAAACUGGGAUCUGACAGGUAAACUUGGAAUUACCCACUUUUUAGAUGUUGGUAGAUAGCUAGCCCUGAUAUUCUGAUAAUUGGUCUUUCAAGUGUAAAGAAAUUGGCCCUGUAUGUUUCUGAGAAUCACAAUUUUCAAAAAUAGAUACUUUGGAUCAAACUCCCAAACAUUCAGCAUGAGAAAUACAAAAAACAAACACAUGGGAAGAAAGAAAAAAACAGCUUUGAAUGCUAUUUGAAGAAAGAGACCAAUUAGUUCUGAAAAUCUUGAUGAAAUGUCAAGAUUAUAUGAAAUUCAGAUGAUCAGUUUUUUCCUGUAGAUCAGAGGUCCUGAAAUCAUAAAGUAGAUAUCUCAUGAAAAUAAGAAUUCCGUGCUUUGCUAAGAGUACAUAGGUUGCUUUGAAAGUAAUGCCUCCUGUUUGUUUCCAAGGAAAACAGCAACCAAUACAGAGAGAGCACAAUAACUAUUUCUUGGAGCAAAUUCUCAGCUACAAAAUGUUGUUUUUCAGCAUAGUCACCACCAUUUUUACCAGCAGUAAACAAGAGCCUGCAUGCUGCACUUAUAAAAAUCUGCUACAGUGGAGGUGACCUGCUGUCAUCACUGCUGAAAUGCACUACUCACCUCCCAGUAUUUCAUCUCCAUAAAUGUUCAGCAAGUGUCAGUGAAUGGCAAUGGGUGCCAUUUUUCCCACAUGGAGUAAUUCAGUGUCACACCUUUGCUUCAUACACACUUUCAUGUCGGACACCGUUUUCAGUCUGCCCCUCUGCUGCCAUCUGUCUCACAGCAACAAAAUGGAAUAGAAUAUUGUUGGGAAUAUUCAACCUUUCCUGCCAUACCACCAACUCUAGACAUCAUGAGUCAACAAAAUAAAAUAGGAGGCAUGACUUUCAGAGCAGCCCUUCCAUAUAGGAGAACUUUGUCUUUUCUUUACUCAUGAAGCACUUGAGAGGUAUAAUGUAAUAGUGUCAUUGUAAAUGAAUGUGUAUUUUCAUAUUUUAUUUCAAUUUUGUAUAGUUGUUUUGUUGUUUUUUUUUUUAAUUGCUGGUUUGUUCACCAGAUUAAAAAUAAAAUUGAUACCUUUCAGAUGUUUUUAAUAAUGGCGAGAAUGUAAAUCUGGUUUGGUACAUUAGCUCUGUACAUACUGUGGCUCUGACUACAAUAUCUCAUGGAAUGUCAAAGACUAAUCUGUGAAACAAUCACAAUAUGUUUUCUUUAAGCCAUGUAAAUGUGCCAUGAAAAUAAAAGUCAGCUGUUCAUCAA